GUGGAGAUGAGAGGUGCGAAUGGUGAUUCGAGAGCUGUAAACAACGCUUUGGAGACUAUAAGCGCUGCUGCUACUGCGAUCGCGUCGGCUGACAAUCGUGCUCCUCAAGCCACAGUUCAGAAGAGAAGAUGGGGAAGCUGCUGGAGCACUUAUUGGUGUUUUGGAUCUCACAAACACAGAAAACGAAUUGGGCAUGCUGUGUUGGUUCCUGAAACAACAUCCUCUCGAACUGAUGCUUCUGGAUCUGAAAAUCUAAUCCAAACACCAGCGGUAGUAUUUCCCUUUGUUGCACCUCCCUCCUCUCCUGCAUCUUUCCUUCAAUCAGAACCUCCUUCUGCUACACAAUCACCAGUGGGUAUAUUGUCGCGCACUUCUAUUGCUGCAAAUAUGUACUCCCCAGGUGGGCCUGCCUCAAUUUUUGCCAUAGGUCCUUAUGCCCAUGAAACUCAGUUAGUCUCUCCACCGGUUUUCUCAACCUUCACCACUGAACCAUCAACUGCUCCUUUCACUCCGCCUCCUGAGUCUGUCCACUUGACCACACCUUCCUCACCUGAAGUGCCAUUUGCUCAGCUGCUUGAUCCUAACCUCCGGAAUGGUGAGGCUUGUCAGAAAUUCCCAUUUUCGUACUAUGAAUUCCAGUCUUAUCAACUUCACCCCGGAAGCCCAGUUGGUCAGCUAAUAUCCCCAAGCUCUGGGAUCUCAGGUUCAGGUACCUCAUCUCCUUUCCCCGACCACGAAUUUGCUGCUGCUGGUCACCACAUCCUUGAGUUUCGAACAGGUGACCCUCCCAAGCUUUUGAGCCUAUAUAAGCUGUCCACCCGUGAUCGCAGAUCACAUCAAGGUUCUGGUUCGUUGACUCCUGAUGCUGUGAGGCCCACAUCUCAUGAUGGUUUUCUUCUCAACGGUCAGAUUUCUGAAGUUAUUUCCCAUUGGCAUCCUGACAAUGGAAGGCGGGAUGAUGAGGAUGCUGUUAGUCGUAGGUUCUCGUUUGAGUUAACUGCUGAACAUGAGGCAAGAUGUGUUGAUAAGAAACCAUUGCCAUUGGCUGAAGCCAUAUCAGUGUGUCUAAAAGAUACAACUGCCGAAAGACAAAAUCUUACUGGAGUCGCUGAUUGUAAUGACUGCCGUGUUGGUGAAACUUCCAAUUAUGCACCAGAGAAAUCUCCUGAGGAUCGGGAGGAGGCAGAGCAGCAUCAGAAGCAUCGGUCUAUCACUCUUGGUUCGGCUAAAGAAUUCAAUUUUGACAAUACAGAUGGAGGAGACUCUUGUAGGCCUGAUGCUAGCACUGACUGGUGGGCAAAUGAAAACGUUGUGGGGAAGGAGAGUGGGCCGACCAAGAAUUGGUCUUUCUUCCCUAUGAUACAACCUGGCGUUAGCUAACUGGUAUGCAUCUCUCACUUGAUGCCUCCAUGAACUCCAUGUUCAUGGAGAGUUGCGAGAAUUCGCAGCAUGGCUUUGGUGUGUGACCUGGUUGACAGCAACCUAACCCCAAAAUUGUUGAAUCCAAUUGUAAAGAAGUAUUAUAUUUGAUUGGAGGACGAACUACAUGACUGACUCAGGUAAGGAGGCUUUUUGUUGUCCCUGGCCCAAAGACAGGCAUACUUUGUUAGGACCUUUUAUGGAUAAUGUGUAUUUUUUUCCCCUACUUUAGGCCGAAACAAAAGUUGAUAGCUGCCUUUAGAUGUCUGUGCCAUCACCCUCUUCCCGUGUAAGAUAAAUGGCAAUAGAACAGUUAAUAUCAUAGUUGUAAUACAUUAUCAGUGCUGUUAGUGAAGAAAUUAAUCUCUGAA